AUGGACCGCGAGCUCACCGCGGCGUCGUCCUUCCUCGCCUCGUACCUCGCCCAGCCAUCACACACCUUCUCGAGCUCGCUCACGGCGGCACUCGCGGCCAGGUACGACGGACAUUGGCACCCUCACGACCCCGAGCGAGGGUCAGCCUACCGCGCCCUCAUCCGCACCCCCGCUUCGCUCGACUCGUCCGUCCUCGCAGCCGCCAAGGACGCUGGACUGUCCAGGGAAGACGUCGAGCGGGCACUGGCCGGGCGGGCGGGCGACAAGCGGCUCACGCUCGGAGACUGCUGGACGCUCUGGGUCGACCCGGGCUGCGUCUCGCUCCGUGUCGAGCGCGGCGAUGGGUCGCACGGCCGUGAUGCCAACCUCAUCGAGGUCUGGGGCAAGCUGCCAGAGAGCCUGCGCGGACUCGCCGUCCCGCUCGCCGACGUCGAGGCUCCGUCAUCCAACAUCUCACCGCCGAUCGAGCCUGCCGCGCUCCUCUCGCCCGUCAAGCGCUCCAAGGCCAUUCAGAUUGUCGCACCGCCAGGUGGGCGAGGUGCGCUGCAGGCCAUGACCAACUCGGCACUCCAGCCGAGCUCGCCUGCACCUGCCGGAUCGUCCAGGCCGACCGCUCUCCUCGCCUCGCCCCUCAUCAUCCCGCCGACGCCCGUCCGUCCCUUGCCAGCGACCGAGGCAGACGUCUUCUCUCCCACUCCCGCCGCCGUCUCGUCCUCGCGUCUCCUCCCGCCUCGCUCGCCCUCGCCUGGUAACUCGUCCUCCCCUUCGUCCCGCAAGCAGUACUCGCUCUCGCCCUCGUCGUACCGCCCCUCGUCUCCCCUCGGCAUGACUCACCUCCAGCGCCGCUCGUCGUCCCGCGGCUCGUCCAUCUCGUCCCUCUCGGCAGAUUCGUCGGACGGCGAAACCUCCGGCUGCGACUCGCUCUUCUCGGCGUCGGGCGACAGCACCGCUUCGGCUGCUUCGUCCAUUCACGCCGCGAACGGUGCGUUGUGGAAGGGCCUGGACGCCAAGUCGCGCGACCUCGUCGACGGCGACGGCUUCCGAGUUCCGACCUUGCCUGCGCGUCCUGCGUCAUCAUUCGCGCCGUCGCACUCGCGCGCCUCGUCCGCCUCGUCUCUCGCUCCUCCUCCUUCGCCCUCCUCUCGCCUCCUCCUCUCGCCCAGCGGACGCUCGAUGCCCGGCUCACCGACCAAGCCGCGCCGCCGCGGUGUCCGAGGCGGCCAAUCUCACCGCUCCGAGUCGACCCACUCGCACUCGUCGUCCAUCUCAUCCAUAACCUCUCUCACCUCGACCGCCAUCCCGUCCACACCCCACCAGUCCUCGACCGACUUGCCCUCCACCUCACCCGCCUCGACGACGCGCCCACGCUCGAGGACCGAGACGUCGUCCUCUGCGCAGACGGCGACAGAGUACUCGAACGGGCUCGUCAAAGUCCUCGGCGGUGGCGUCCUCCUCGGAUGCGCCAAGUCGUGCGGAUCUGCCGCUGGCGGUCGGACGCCAGGCGGCUCCUCGGCUGACGGGGACGGUUCGCGUCGGCGUCGUCGGGAGCGAGGACGCGGAGGACGCGGGCAGGGCAGGUCCGGUUCGACGGCAGGCAUGGGCGACGGGAGCGACAGGAGCGGCGCGACGAGCCCGUACAACCACCUUGGCGCGCCUGCGAGUCCUGUCUGGGCGCCAUCGCCGACUGGCUCGACGUACCACCCGCAUGCGCAGCAGGUGUUUGGGCAGUACCCGACCAGCUUGCCGCCUCCGCCUAUGUAG